AUGUGUGUCUACGAAACAGGGAAAGCUGGACAGAUGUUGGAAGUGUACUACCAGGUACUGGACGGACAACAUGGAGAUUUGGAUAUUAAUUUCAAAGUUAUUGACCCUAAGAACGCUACUCUACUGACGGAUUAUAAAAGUUCCGAAAAUUCUAUUAUCAUGGACUUGGAAAUGGACGGAGAUUACGCAUUCUGUAUGGACAACACAUAUAGUAUGAUGAAUUCUAAACUUGUGUUCUUGUAUGUGCUAGUAGAAGAUAAAAAUGGAGUGACUCGAAAUGACAUAGAAGCCAAAACGGCGGGGAGUGACAGCGGAGAUGAACAGAAUGACACUGAAGGCGACGGAGCCGAACCAAAAGAAGUAUUAGAAUGGGAGGGAACAGAUGAAAACGGUGAGAGUUACUACUUGGAAGUGGGUAAAAUCGCAGAUUCCUUGUCGGUCACGUUAGCGCACGUGGUCAAGUCCCGACAUCUGCUUAGCAUAUAUGCUGCGACCAAGUCGCGCGACAGUUACUUGGCUUUCGAAGACACAUUCAUUGUCGACGUUUGGUCGGGCAUUCAAAUAAGUUUGAUGUUUGUUGUGGGAAUGUUACAAGUUUACAUGAUCAAGAAACUGUUCAGUCGAGACCAUCUUGGAUACAAAGACAUUUAUUGA